AUGUGCGCUGGAAUUUCAUGUUUCCCCGUAGAGAAACUACCAAACGAAUUGAUAAUCACAGUAUUGGAAACUUUAGAUCCUUAUAACAUUCUAUUUUUAAUAAAAUUUCUUCCAUCUAGUCACAAAGUAUACGAAUGUUCUUUGUUUUUGUUGCUUCAUACAAUUCAGGUGUAUUACGAUAGUGAAAAUAAGAAACUUGGGUGUUUUGAGGAUAUUUUCGAAAUUGCGGACGAAUAUCAUGAUUGUACUCGUGGUCUGUUCAAAGAAUUUAUGAAGCCAAUUUUCUUGAUCCAUUGCGAGAACCUUCCGAAAAUUUUAAAAUAUCAAUCAGCUAUCAAAAAGCUCGUGAUAUGCGAAAGAAAGGACAGAAUUGUUACUAGGGCACCGCCUCUAAUAGAUGACAAAAAUUUUGAAAUUAUUCAGCUGUUCUUAAAUAAUUGUUCCAAUAUACACGAAGUUGAAAAUGCUAGUGGCUUAAACCUCCGUUAUCCUAACUUAACAGAAAUUUUAAGCGAAACAGGAGAAUAUUCUCUGAAAACACAUGAUGGCUGCACUAUUGUGUUAAGAAACUUGUCUCCAGAAAUAAAACAGCUAAACAUUAAAUGGAAAAGAAUUGCUUUUGACCUGAAAGCUUGUUUCCUCAAGUUAACUUAUCUUGUGAUAGAAUUUCACCUGUUAAAGGACUUCAAAGAUCUCCUAAUCAAUAGAUAUCGGUUCCCAUCUUUGAAAAAACUGGUAUUGCGUUGUGAUAAACCUCAUCAUUUGGUAUUGGUAGGUAUGGGAUUGGAAACUAUGAACACAAUCGACAGUUCCUGUUAUGAAGCUAUCAAGAAAAUUCUCCCAAAGCAAGCAAAUUUUUUGAAGUCUUUCAAACAAAAUUUGGUGAUCAACAGGUGUGGGACUUCGAUGAUCCUUGAGAUUUUGCAAGAUUGCAAAGCUUUAAAAACCAUUGAUCUAUCUGGUAACCGUAUUACAUUAAUUAACAAUAUGUUUUACAAAUUUGAGAAUCUAAUCUCUCUAAAACUUGAAUCUAACCAUAUUAGGAAUAUAAAAAACUUGAGCGGGCUUGUAAACUUGGAAUGGUUGCUGGUAGCAUAUAAACAAAUUGAAAGGGUUGAAAGUUUAGAUUUGCCUAGGCUCAAGAGCUUGAGCAUGAGUGGAAAUCGAUUAGAAGACGUUGGUUAUUUGCAUAGGCUAAAAAAUCUGAAAGAAUUGGGUAUAUCCUGUAAUUCUUCACUUAAGAGCUUUAAGUGUUUAUAUCAACUCAAAACUCUUGUUAUUCUACAUUGUGAUCGCGGAUAUGAGAAUCAAUACCAUAUAAACUUUGAAAGGCUACCAAAAUUAAGAACCCUCAAUACUGGUCUUAACUAUCUUCAAUUUAGUGAGCCCAUAAUCUUCCCUAAUUUGGAGAAAUUUGUUGUGAAAAAUUAUAAAAAUCUAAGAAUGUCUAUUUUGAGUGCGAAGUUUCCUAUUUUAAAGGAGUUGGAUCUAACCGGAAUCAAAAUCAAUGAUAUCACUCCUGUUGGUGAUAUGAUACACUUGGAAUUUUGUAUGUUGUCUCAUUCAGGGGUAAAGGACAUAAGGUGCCUUGGAAAAUGUGCCAAACUCAGAGAGCUUAACUUAUCAGAUAACCACAUAAUGUCAAUUGAUGGAAUCCUGAAUCUUAAAUUUUUGGGGUUCCUUGAUAUUCAGUAUAAUAAGGAGGUUUAUUGGGAAGAUGUUGUUUUUAACUGGCCACUGAUGACCUAUUUGAAUCUCUGUGGAUGUAAUAUUCAUCAUUUUCCGAGUCUUGUUACUCCAAAAUUACUAAAGUUAGAUUUACUGUUUAAUGCAAAUCUAUGGAGGGAGUUAGAUCGAUUGAAAGAGAUUAAAAGUUUAAGAUAUUUGGUAUUUAGACACAUUUCUCCUGAGAAGAUAAAAGAAGUUCCGGGCCAGAUUGUCCGUUUGGAGUCUAGAAGUUACUAUAGUUAUUCAAAUGAGAUUACAAUUUAA